GUCCUCAGACUUGGGCAACAAGCUCAUUAACCACAUGGCCGGCUCUCCAGCCCCCACCAGCUGAUUUUCUGAGCCACAGCUUGGCCUGUGCACAGAACCCCAUGUUCACAUAGUCUCUCUUUCUAGGUACGUCCUUCCUCCCGUCUCCUCUGGAUCUGGGAUUAUUACACAGCUCUUGCAUAGGCUGAUCUUCUCAGGGGUGCUGAGGCAGCUAUGAAUGUGGAUACCUUGGGCCUGCCCAGCAUAUCUCAGGGUCCCAGCAAAGCACUCUGGGGCACUCGCAGGGGUCCAACCAUGCGCCGACAGAGGGAGUUCAUGCCGGAAGAGAAGAAGGACACAAUUUACUGGGAGAAACGGAGAAAGAACAACGAGGCGGCCAAGCGGUCCCGGGAAAAGCGACGCCUCAAUGAUGUGGCCAUUGAAGGCAGGUUGACCAUGCUGCUGGAGGAGAACGCUAUACUAAGGGCUGAACUGCAAGCACUCAGACUUCGGUUCGGCCUUUUGCCUACUGUGUGUGGUCCCCGGACGUUGCCUUUGCAGGCCUUGCUAUGGAAGUCUUCCUGGACUGAGGACUCCCAUUCAGGGGCUGACACAUUCUUACCUUUGCCUGGUGCCCAUGGCUGCCUGUUCAAACCAUAUGCGGUGGAUUCUGGGUUUCCAGGUUGCUCAGGCUGCCUGGUGGCUCAAGGGUGGGCUGGCUUAGCUGCUUCUCCCAGGUUCUUGCGGGAGUCAGAGCCCCUGACACCUGGGAUAGUUGACAGAGCCUUUCAUGCCACCUUCCCAGCUGCUAUCUUUGGUUGUCACUUCUUAGAUGGGCAUGUGGGACCCAGAACAGAGCUCAAGUCUUGUUGUGGGCUGUGGUCACCUGUGCCCACUGGAUCCCAUGUCCCAGGGCCCUCAGAUAUAUCACUGACAUCCUCUGAGAGUUCCAUGGGUUUUUUGCCUGGUGUGACCUGCUCUGUCCCAGGUGACAGGUCUGAAGGUCUGGCUCAGACUUCCCUGCCUCACAAACUGCGCAUCAAAUCCCAAGCCUCAAGCAGCUUAUGUUGAUGUUGAGAGGUUGGCCAGGGAAGCCGCUGAGAGAUGCCUCUGGCCAGGCCCAGACCUACAAGGGAGUGGUUAAAAUUGCACAUGGGUUUCUAUAAAGGAUGAGUGGCUUGACUUUGAGUAGUUACUAGGACUGGACAGGGCCUGCAGGAAGUUCCCCUUGCUGGGGAGGGGGUCAUCUACCUCUUGGAGCCAAGGCCAGGGCUCUAGGUGAAGAGGGGAUGAGAUCCCAAAUUGAAUUAUGUCAUAAUUUUUACUUUGCUCUAAAAUCUUAACUCUGUUGUUUCAUCUCUUCACUCACCCUUCAGUCCAUCCAAUGGUUGUUGCCAUCCGCCUACCCUUUUGUUCUUCACAUUUACGUCAGUCAACUCAUCUUCCCUACCAUCUGUUCAUCUGCUUACUCAUCUUUUAUUUGUUAUCUAUUUUCCAUCCCCCCACCUGUCUUUCUAUCCACCCUUCCACCUGUCUGCUCUUCUUCUUAUUCAUUUACUUAUCUAUUUAUUGAUACUUCGUUAUCCAUGCAUCCUCCCAUGCAUUCAUCCAUGCAUCCACCCACCCAUGCAUCCAUCCAUGCAUGCAUGCAUCCAUCCAUCCAUGCAUGCAUGCAUCCAUCCACGCACCCAUUCAUCAAAUCUCUCAUCCUUCACAACCUUCAUCUUUUCAUCCAUCUUAACAAUCUAUUUAUCUUCCCCCUCAUCUGCCUGCCUGCCUGCCUGCCUGCCUGUCUGUCUGUCUGUCUGUGCUGGCUAGUUUUUAUGUCAACUUGAAAUAAGCCAGAGUCAUUUUAGAAGAGGGAAGCUCAACUAAGAAAGUAUUUUCGCCAGAUUGGCCUGUGGGUAAACCUGUGGCAUUUUCUUAAUGAUUGAGGUGGGAGACCCCAGCUCACGUGGGCUAUGCUACCUUGGAUAGGUGGUCCUGUGUGUUGUAAAAAAGCAGGCUGAUCAAACCAUGAGGAGCCAGAAAGUUAGCUGGCAGCACUCCUCCAUGGCCUCUGCAUUAGCUCCCACUUCUAGGUUCCUGCCUUGUUGGAGUUCCUUCCUUGACUUCCCUUAGCAAUGGAGCAUGACCUAAGAGAUGUAAGUUGAAACCAACCCUUUUUACUCAACUUAUUUAUGGCUAUGAUGUUUUAUCAUAGCAAAAGAAUUCCUAAGUCAGUCAGUCUAUCAUCUAUCUAUCUCUGUAAUCUAUCUUUUGUUCAUUCAUAUGUUUAAAUAUAUGCUGAUAAUAAAGAUUUUAGAGAAAAAAGUA